AGUUGCGUCGAUCCACUGCUGCAUCAACGUGCUAACGGUAGAGAGCACCUGGGAGCCAGAGCAGUGUUCAAUCAUGUGGCCUGUAAUGUGGACAGCACUGCGGACCUAUGCUCCUUAUGUCACCUUUCCUGUUGCCUUUGUGGUCGGAGCAGUGGGCUACCACCUGGAGUGGUUCAUCAGAGGGACCCCGAAAUCUCGAGAGGAGGAGAAGGGCAUCCUGGAGCUGAGGGAGGAGAGGAAGCUGCAGGAACAAGUGGGUAUGGACAGCACACAGGUGCUUAGCCUGAAAGAGAAACUGGAGUUUACACCCAAAGCAGCUUUGAACAGGAACCGACCCGAAAAGAGCUAACCAGCUGCUGGUGGUAGACACUCGUGUUUGCCCUUUCUCAGCAGGAGGAUAAGUGCACUGGGAGCAAAAGGGGUGAACCAGAGGGCAAAAACACUUAUUCUUCCAAUUCAGCGCAGCCAUACAUCCUCACUCCUGGCCACCAGAAAGAAUCAGCUUGCCUGUGUUAACUUCAGACACUGUCUAGAAACAGGAGGGUAAUUAAAAAACAUAUACUCUGUCUUGUAUCCAGUCAAAUAUAGCGUAUACGUGCUGUACGUGGUUCUCUGACCUUCCACUUGAUGUUGCACAUGCCUGUUUGUGCGUUAUAACAAAUAACUAAAUCAAGUCACUGUAAUUACAACAACGUGAAUAUGGAACCUUUGGGUGUUCAGGCUUUGAACUGACUACAAGGUUUGAAUUUGUUGUCAGCUUGUCCUCUGGCUUCAAGUAAAGAGAAACAUGGUCUGUUUUUAUUUAAAUCUAGUUGUGGCACUGACACAGAUUUUAUUGUGACUUUAUGUUGAUAUUUCUCGCAAACAAACGAAUGUCAUGUUCCAAGCCUGACGCACACAAGUGUUUCUGUCUUUCUUUAAUCUUUUCUUUAUGUUAAGAAAGAAUGUCUGAUUGUGAACAUGAAAGCGGAGGAAGAAAGACAGGUCUUUGUUGUCUAGCUCUUUUUAAUCUCAUAUAUCGUUUGAUGGUAUGUGACAAAAUAAGCCAGCAGUGUGGGAGGUCUCUCAGGAAGUUUAAGCUGUUAAGUCCUGUUGUCUUGAACAUCUACACGAUACUUUCAUUUUAGAAAGUCUGGAUUUUUUUUUUUCUUUUUGGACACUUGAAGUUUUAAUUGUGUAUUACUUAAAAAUGUGCAUAAUAAAAGAAAUUUGUGUUUA